GUCAGUCGGCCGCUACCAGCCACCAGCCACCAGCCAAGUCUCUGGAGUUAGCUCGGGAGCUAGCCAUGAGCUAACGCUGACUCUUCCCAUCUUUUUCCACCAUAACUCAACCUCCGUGGAAAAAAACGUCGUGCCAGGAAUUAUCAUCCAGGCCUUUUGUUGCAGCUGGAACCCUCCGAGUGAUUUUUUUUGCGGUCUUCAUUUCACUUCCCUCCGCCUCCAGGUCGAACUUCCUCCCUUUUUUACACUCGGAUCUCCUGGUACACAGAGCCAUGGCAGCUGCUAAGCCAAAAGGGCAGAACUCCCUCGCCCUUCACAAAGUGAUCAUGGUGGGCAGUGGAGGAGUGGGGAAGUCGGCCCUCACUCUCCAGUUCAUGUAUGAUGAGUUUGUUGAAGACUACGAGCCCACCAAGGCGGACAGUUACAGGAAGAAAGUGGUGCUGGACGGCGAGGAGGUACAGAUCGACAUCCUUGACACAGCUGGACAAGAGGACUACGCAGCCAUACGGGAUAACUACUUCCGCAGUGGCGAGGGUUUCCUCUGUGUGUUUUCCAUCACAGAACUGGAAUCAUUUGCAGCGACAGUAGACUUCAGGGAGCAGAUCCUGCGAGUGAAGGAGGAUGAGAACGUGCCCUUUCUCCUGGUCGGUAACAAGUCAGACUUGGACGACCGACGGCAGGUCAGCGCAGACGAGGCGAAGGCACGCGCUGAGCAGUGGGGCGUGUGCUACGUGGAGACUUCGGCCAAAACCCGCGCCAACGUUGACAAGGUGUUCUUUGACCUGAUGAGAGAGAUCCGGGCAAGGAAAAUGGAGGACAGCAAAGAGAAGAAUGGGAAGAAGAAAAGUAAAAGUUUGGCCAAGAGAAUUAGAGAGAGAUGCUGUAUUUUAUAGUGGUAAAAGACAGCAGGGUAGCUGCUUAUGUACAUAUACAUUUCUCAGACUUUUGCAUUUACUUUGUGCCCAUACCUGACCAUGACUUUCUGUUCCUGGCUAACAGGACAUCUGACCGUGUGUCAGGGAGUAGUAAGGUGGCACUCCAUACACCAUUUAUAGCUCUAACUUUUUAUGUGCUGACACUCCAAAUAAUUUAUGUUCUCUCUCUCUCUCUCUCUCUCUCUCUCUCUCUCACUCUGACCGCGUUACAGAGUGUAAUAAAUGGAUGGUGUUUUUAAUUUAGGCCUAAGCUUGACAGAGGCUGAGCCUUGAAAUGUUACAAAAAUCUUUCAUUGUAAAGUUUGAUGUGUAUAAUCUAUUCAGACAACUGUGCAGUUCAAAGCGCUAGAAAUGAAGGUGUCAGAGCCAAGGUUUAAACGGGGAAGAUGUAACUGGAGCUUGGGUAGGAAAUGUUGAAGUUAACAGACUCAGCAGUGUAGUGUCAACGCAGAACUCAUCAAGUGCCACCAAGGAAAUGUACAUUGCACUGGUGAAUCUAUGAAGCAUUUUAAUUGAGAGAUUGUCGUGUAGCCACAGCCGGAAAUUUGAUGCCAUUCCUAUUUGUCGUUUUACGCCUCAGUUUUACUACGUUGUAUGGUUCUGAACCAUCUUUUUAUCUGUGAAGUCAAACAUUUCUUUCUUCUCCUCCUAUCAUAUCAACCAGUGUAAGAUAAGCGCACUAACGUUUCCCGUUUUCUUUCCCCUUCGCGCCACUUUGUUGAGUCUUCUCAAAUGCACAAACAACAUUGAUCAUUACCCUUAAAUCUGUGAGGGAUUUUACAACACUUGAACUUUUUUCAAAUCUCAACAUUUCAGAAGUUUUACCUCACACGGCUAAUGAGUUUCAUUGCCUUUUUGUUUUUUUGUUUUUUUUGCGAUACAGGAAUCCCUGGUGCUCUGAUAAAAGGUGAUUCCAUAACACUACAUCCUUUACAUGCUGUCGUGAAAACAUCUUCAAGUUGAUAAAAGUAAAUCGCUUCCAGUCAUGUAAAGAUUUCUUUUUGCCAAUUGUACUUUUCCUGGCUCAGACUUUUAAUCACCAACCUCGUAUUCCUCUGUUUUGUUUUUACUUAAAACGUAUUUCGUAAUAGGGAUUUAAGUUGGAAUACAUUAAUGGAUAGAGGAAUUUUGUUUUUAAGAUAAAAUAUUUAAAAGAAAUGAAUGCAGGCUUGAUAGACGUACGGUGGUACCUGUCCAAAAAGGUUGCUCUCAGUCUCCAAAGAAAAACGCUAGCUAGUACAAACAAGUGCCCACUUAUUAAUGGAACUUGCUAUAGUGAGCAUCAAAUAGCACUGCAGUGUUCAUGGUGGUGGCAAACAUUGAAGGGGAACUUAAGAGAAUAUCAUUCUGAAUGGCCUGGGAAAGAAAUGUAAGGUUAAUUCAUGUACAGUGCAUCACUGUUGCCUCUGUCCAUUGUGAAUGUGAAUAAUCCCCCCCCCCCCCCUCCAAGCCCUCCUGUUU